UGACCCACAAACGAGACCAAACAUGAGAUUUCAAACACCAGGACAAGCCCCAGUCUUGUGUAAUUCUGGUCGUAAAUGCUUAAAUCAUUAAAACAAAGUGUGUUUCAAUGAUUUUAUUUUUACAAUUUACAAGCUGAGGUGUGAUAUUGAAGAUACGGGGAGUCUGGCAACACAGCUCACCUGUAGCAUCUCCUCCGCUCCGCUUUGAUUUGCACUUUUUACGCACAGAAACGCCACUUUGUGACUUUUUAAAGCUAGAGAUCAAGUCUAUCUGAGAGAAAAAAGAUCGCUCUCCACACAGUUCAUUCAUUCUGAAAACACAGCCACCUCUUGUCACUUCCAGAGCGCUUUGGAGUGCGUAAAGGAGCGCUGCGCUUUUACGCAAAAAAACCCCCGAAAAUCCAACUUCGAGAUCGUUCCGAGGAUCCAGAUCUACACAUUUUGGGGUCACAAACACAGAGUUUCAGCGCAGCUUCCGCCGGCCUGUUGAAAGUCGUCCCGAGCUCCAGAGAGACCACCGGGUUCUCCAUCACGAUGCUGUUCGACAGCUUCGACCUCGUGUCGGCUCUGGCCACUCUGGCCGCCUGCCUGGUGUCCAUGGCCCUGCUCCUCGCCGUCUCCCAGCAGCUGUGGCAGCUCAGAUGGACGGCGACGCGGGAUAAAAACUGCAAGCUGCCCAUGCCGAAGGGAUCCAUGGGCUUCCCCUUCAUCGGCGAGACCUGUCACUGGCUCCUGCAGGGUUCGGGCUUCCACGCGUCGCGGAGACAAAAAUACGGCAACGUGUUCAAGACUCACCUCCUGGGUCGCCCUCUGAUCCGGGUGACGGGCGCCGAGAACGUUCGCAAGGUGCUGAUGGGCGAGCACACGCUGGUGACGGUGGACUGGCCCCAGAGCACCUCCACGCUGCUGGGACCCAACUCACUAGCCAACAGCAUCGGAGACAUCCACCGCAAGAGGAGGAAGGUGCUUGCCAAAGUGUUCAGCCACGAGGCCUUGGAGUCCUACCUCCCAAAAAUCCAGCAGGUCAUCCAGGAGAGCCUCCGAGUGUGGAGCUCCAAUCCCGAGCCCAUCAACGUCUACAGGGAGAGCCAGAGGUUAUCGUUCACCAUGGCGGUGAGGGUGCUGCUGGGCUUCAGGGUGUCAGAGGAGGAGAUGAGGCAUCUGUUCUCAACCUUUCAGGACUUCGUUGACAACCUUUUCAGUCUGCCCAUAGACCUGCCAUUUAGUGGCUACAGAAAGGGUAUCCGUGCACGAGACACCCUGCAGAAAAGCAUAGAGAAGGCAAUCAGGGAGAAGCCGCUGUGUUCCCAGGGGAAGGACUACAGUGACGCUCUGGACGUCCUGAUGGAGAGCGCCAAAGAGAACGGCACCGAGCUCACCAUGCAGGAACUGAAGGAGUCGACCAUCGAGCUGAUCUUUGCUGCCUUCGCCACCACUGCCAGUGCCAGCACCUCCCUCAUCACGCAGCUCCUCCGCCAACCUCCUGUCCUGGAGCGCCUGAGGGAAGAGCUGAGAGCGAGGGGCCUCCUUCACAACGGCUGCCUCUGCCCUGAGGGAGAGCUGAGGCUGGACACCAUCGUGAGCCUCAAGUACCUGGACUGCGUCAUAAAGGAAGUGCUGAGACUCUUUACGCCCGUCUCAGGGGCCUACCGAACCGCCAUGCAGACCUUUGAACUUGAUGGAGUCCAGAUUCCCAAGGGCUGGAGCGUAAUGUACAGCAUUCGGGACACCCAUGACACUUCCGCAGUCUUUAAGGAUGUGGAUGCCUUUGACCCUGACCGCUUCAGCCAGGAGCGGGGAGAAGACAAGGAGGGACGUUUCCACUACCUGCCCUUCGGUGGUGGCGUGCGGUCCUGUCUGGGCAAGCAGCUUGCCACCCUCUUCCUCCGCAUCCUCGCUAUUGAGCUGGCCAGCACCAGCCGCUUUGAGCUGGCCACCCGGCAGUUCCCCCGUGUGGUCACGGUACCCGUGGUCCACCCUGUCGAUGGGCUGAAGGUCAAGUUCUAUGGCUUGGACUCCAACCAGAACGAAAUCAUGGCCAAGUCAGAAGAGCUGCUGGGAGCAACAGUUUGAAGGGCGGAGAGUCAGGGAGGGGGUGAGUGACAGAAGUAGUCUUUAGGGUGAAGAUUGACUGAAGGAAAGAAGGAAUUAAAAGUUAUCUUUUCCUCUCCACCUUUGUUUCUUCCAAGCUGGAGGUUCUUUUUCAGACUGAAAGAAAAGCAGAAGUCUUCGUCUCUUGUUACAACUGAUGAUGAUUGGGACUUUCCUCUGAGAAAGGAAGAAGCUGCCAAAAAAGUUCUUAAUUAUGCUCUAUUCUGUGUAUUUUUUUAAAAGAAAUAUACAAACAAAAUGUAUGUACAAAAAAGCUAUAUAAUAUAAUUUGAAAGAGAAUGUGGGUAGUGCACAAUGGGAGAAAGAGAAGUAUGGUGGUACUUUUGGUGAAAUGAAGUGUUGAAAUUAGAAAAGUAUAAGUAAAGAUGGUUGCGGAGGGAUGGUGAGAUGGAUGAAACAGGGUAUAGGAUGAAAGAAUAUGAUAUUUUAGCAUUUUGCUUGUGCUUAAUCAAAAUCAAUGAGGCAUUUCAGUUGUCUAGCAGGGUAAAAGAGAUGGAUAAAUAGACUGAAGGUUCUAGAUUUUCUGGUCCAAAUUGGUAAAUUUGUGGUCAGACUUCUUCAUGGUGCCACUGAGAUUCAACUCUUUUUGUUCUUAUUUGAAAAAGAUUUGAAAGAAUGACAAAUACCAGUGGUGGGGUUUUUUUCAGGGGUCUAUCAAAAUUCAUUUAAAAAAAAAACUAGAUUACAGAUGCAGUCAAAAAGAUCAUAGCACAGUGGGUAGCAGGUCGUGGCACAGAUGGACAUGUUGCUGAGCUUGUCAGAUUGGCUCUGAUGAUUUCUUCAAAAACAAACAAACUGUAUCACGACGCAGUGAAUACAAUUUAAUUUUGUAGUGCUAAUUACGGUCGUGUAUCAAUUUAGGCAGUGAAGGAAAGGGCUGUGCUUAGAAAUGUAAUGGAUGUAAAUGAUGUAGAAGAUAUACUGGCUGCAUAAUUUAAAGGGCAGAACACAUAACAUUUAAUGUAAAUGGGCAAUUGGUUAUGUGUCUUACAACAACUUUGCCUGCUGUUUUUUCAUAAACUGAUUUUUAACCCGAAAGUUGCCACAUUGCUUUCAUUCGCGUGCCGUACAGUAAAAUAAGCUUCUCAAACUACCAACAUUACAAAGAAACAUUAGAAACAAAGAGUAAGAACCGCAGAACUUUCAUUGAAGGGAUCUUACUGCUUGGGUAAACGAAAAGUGCAGUUGAAAUUGAAGAAGAGAGAGAGAGACAAGGUAGAUUUUAGCAGGAACAACUCUUUGAGAUACUUCUCGAGAAGGUAAAUUCUUGCUGGAAGAUGAAUGCCAUCUUUUUGGCUUCAACAUUCUCUACACUUACUUUUUUUGUUCCAAAUUACAAACCCUAAAAAAGGAAAGUAAUCAAGAGAAAAAAUACAAACUGCACUCACGAGAGACUCAAAGAAACUGCAAGCCCAUAUUUAUACAUCCUAAACACUACCUUGAACCUGGGUUUUCUUAUUAUCAACAUCUGCAGUGAAAACCUGAUGUCACUCUCUUCUUCGUCUCUGCAGCCGGCAGGUUGCCCAUCUGCAUUGACUCAAAACGUUGCCCAUAUAUAAAACAUAUCCAAGUAAUCUUGGUGGUGUGUGAACUCAGGUGCUGAGUAGACAUAGCGGUGAAUAAUGAAUAAGACUUUGCUUUUUUGAUAUUUAACUCUGACUGACUGCACAUAAAAAAGACUAUCACUUACUCUCGUAGUUUCAGUGCUGGACCGAUUAUUUUUUGAAAAUUUGUCAAUUACUUUGCGUUCUGUUCACAUAAACAAAAAUAUAUCAGGGGUUUCCAUUAGUGUUUCUCUUGGUCUCAGUUGACGUAUUAGCUUCUGCAACAAUUCUGUAUCCCCCCAAGGAGUCAAUUUUGGUGGUGCAAGCAGAAUCAACCAACAGGAAUCCCCAAUUGGCAUCACACGAAAUAAAAGUAACUGAAUCCAGGUCAAACAGUAAUAAGGUCCAGGCCUGCUUUCUAAACUCUGUGAACCUGUGCUUUGAUUUAUAAAGAACACUUCUAAGUUGCAUUGAGAUUGUACUCUCUCAGACAGUGACUUUAUCCCACAACGAGGACAUGAUAAAGGACUCGCUCUCAGGAAUCGGCGCAAAUUCCUGAGCUGGUGGAGGAGAAUAGACACAGGGAUAAGGUGGAGGUGGAGAGGAGAUGACCUACAUACAUGCUGCUUGAGUGUUGCUUUGUCAUACUGUGUUUGUUUAUUUGUGUUCUGUUUUUAUUUUCCCGUCUCCUUGGGGCAGUCAUUUUAAGUUCUGUGGAGAAGGUGACAUUCUGUCUUGCUGCUCCUCCUCCGACCAACGCUAGAAUGCAAAACGAAAUAGAUUCCACGGUUUGAGCAACUUUAUUAGCUGAAAGAGAUUUAUUGUUUGAGGUGAUUGCACAAUCAGGACUCUCAGAGCUUCAUGUGUUCCAUUUAUGAAGAGGAAGGUUCCUUUCUUUUUUCACGUAUAUGGAAAGUUUCUACGACAGAACUCUGGGACUUGUUAGCGGAACUAUGGAACAUUCUAGAACCCUCGGACAGAGUUCUAAGUUCCAAACCGACGCUUGAGAGAGAAGGACCAAUGAAGUUUCAGGGGAGGGCAGGGUCACACUCAGAGGGCUUUUCUUAUUGGACGAUCCUGUUGUCCAAUAGCAUUCCAGAUGGAUUCUGCCUGUGCCAGACAUUGUUCACUCUUUCUACCAACCACACCACUGAUCUCUUCACGUAAAAAAAUAAAAAAAAAAUAAAAAAAAAAAUAAAAAAAAAUAUAUAUGAAAAUAGAAUUUUUUUGCUGCUUUUCUUGUGUAUAUUUUCUAAUUGAGAGUUCUAGAUUACAAUAGUUUGUAUCGAUUGAGAUUUCCUAUUUCUUUUCCUUUAUAUAUAUACACAUAUGUAUACAUAUACACAUAUAUAUAUACAUACAUAU